UAUAUAUUCUCUAACCACAUUUAAUUUUCGAAAAUAAAUUUUCGUCAAAUUUUAUCAACAUUUUAAUUUAAAACGAAUUAAAAUUCAUUCAUAUAAACAAUGGUCGAUCUAAAUGAAGAUUCAAUUAAUCUACGUGCAUUGAAAAGAAUCGAUGACAACAUUCGUGAGAUUAUUAUUUGUGCCGGUCAAGUUGCCGUAUAUUAUUUUGAUUUUAAUCGUGAAGAUUGGGAAAGAAAAAAUAUUGAAGGUACAUUGUUCUUUGUUCGUCGUAGUAUUGUACCGGAAUAUGCAUUUGUUGUCAUUAAUCGUUUGAAUACGAUUAAUUUUCUACAAAAAAUCACCAAAGAUUUGGAGAUUAAUGUACAAAGUCCAUAUCUGAUGUAUAAGAAUAUUAAUAAAGAUAUUUAUUGUAUUUGGUUCUAUGAUGCAAAUCAAUGUAUUGUAUUGAAUGAAAAUAUUGAUCAAGUUAGGAAUUUGAUCAAGAAAACAUCGGAUACACCAUCCAAAUUGAUGAAUGGUCAAUCACAUACACCGAAAUCAAGACAACAAUUGGCUUCAACUGGAACAACACCGAACAAUAAUCAACAACAAGCAUCAGAAAUUAUGAAAUUGUUUUUCAACAACAACAAUAAUAAUACGAAUACGAAUACGAAUACGAAUGAUAAUCAACAAAGCCAACAAGGUUCAUUGGGCAUCUUUGGUGAUUCGGCUUUACCACCACCUGAUUUGAUGAAACAACGAUGGUUACAAAAUCAAUCGACAGAAAAUCAUAUUGACAAUGUAUCUUCUGAACAACAACAACAACAACAAAAAUCGGAUGAUGAUUUGGUGAAACCAAUAGCACAACGUAGAAGUGUUAAUCUUAAAGAAUUGUUUGAAUCACAAUUGGUUUUACAAGAAACAUCUAACACUUCAAUGAAAGAAAAUUCUCAACAUAUUGCUGCUGAUGACAAUAAUUCUCAAUCGUUGAUCGAUAAACCACAAUCAUCGACACCGAAAACAGUUAAACAAACACCAAACAAAAACGAAUUAUUAAUGUCAUCAUCACCAUCAAUGAAUUCGGCUACAUUUAUGACUGAUGAUUUGAAGAAAAAAAGUUUGACAUCACUUCCAACAUCAAAUGCAAAUCCUUCAUCAUCAAAUUCAAUGUCGGAUGGGAUUUACACAGCAAAACCUCAACAAUUGAUUGGAGACGAUAUUCUUCAGGAUGAACCACAACAAAUAAUGCAUAAUGUGAUCCCAGCCAUUCAUCCAUCACUUUUUCCUAUUCCAAUGAAUUUUGAACCUGGUUUUCAGCAGGCAUUACUACCAGCAUUUCAUGCACAACCACCCCCACAACCACCACUUCCACAACAGGUAUCAAACCAUCAUCAUUUGGCUAAUUGUAUUACGAAUGUAUUCGAAAUUCAACAAGACCAUAAUCCCAUAAUCGGACAUCAGCAGCAGCAGCAACAACAACCCAUUACACAGAAUACAGGACGAACAUCAAUUUCAAAACCGGAUAUGUAUCUAACAAUGGAACAAUUGAAAAAGGCAUUAAUUCAUUGUUUAACAAAUGAUGCCGAUUUUCUUCAUGCUAUUCAUACUGCAUAUGUGGAAAAUAUCAAAAAAUGAAUGAAAUUUUUCCAAUCAUCCAACUCAUAUCCAUAUAAUAAUGAAUGAGAUGAUGAUGAUCAUCAUCAUCAUCAAUUCAAUUUAAUCAUCCAAUUCUAUAGAAAUUUAUACACAACAUUCAGCAGGAAAACAAAAACACAUCAAAAAAACUUAUGAUAUAAUUUACGUUUUUGUAGAAUACACACACACACACAAACACAUACCCCCUCAUCAGUUGAUAAACAAAACAAAA